AUGAGAAUCCCUCACCUUUCGGCGAAAUUCGCCGUUUUGAAACCAAAAUAGGUGACUUACGUGAAUCGUGUAGAUCCGAAGAGUUUUUGUUUUGGGGUAGGGGGGGGGGUCAAUUGGCCGGCCGGCGUUUAUGAGAUUGGAGUGGGACACGGAGAAAAUGUGGAGUGGUGCUCUUCGCAAUAAAACAUCUUUGAUGGGCACGUGUCGCGUCUCGGCCAAUCAGCGUCAAGAUGUCUUCAGCGUUUGGUGGUUUAGGUUAGCUUGAAUGUUCGACGCUACUUCUGCUGCUGUCGCGCUGCACGGUGGAGCGAUGCUAACAAAGUACCCCAGCAGCAGCUUCUCCUCCGCGAUGGAGAGCUGGUAGAAGUGCAGCAGCAGCAGCAGCGGCCGCGCUCCUUCCUCCUCUCCCUCCUCCCGGUGGAUGUUGGAUGUACCAUGAGGUCUCCGCGGCUCCUCGCAGCUCUCUGCCUCCUCCUCGCCGCCUCCUGCCGGCUGGGCGCCGCCGCCCGACACGGUUGCUUGCUUGAGAAGAAGCUCUGCCCCACAGACCAGCUGUGCAGCGAUGACGGCUUGUUCGGGCGGUGCCAGGCGCCCCACCAGGAGCCGGUCCGGUACCGGGUGUCGGUCCCCGUGCUGCACAGGCUGCAGGAGGUCCUCAAAGAGCUGAUGGCGCAGGGUCUGACCUGGAGGGACGGCGUCACGCAGGCCGUCGUCGGCCGCGAGUUGAGCCGAGUCCCCGCCGCCGGCCCCCGAUACGACGAGAAGCAGAUGUCCAGACCGCCGGGCCCCGGGCAGCGGAGGGUCCAGGGGCCCGAGGACCCGGCCGACCCCGGCAUGAUGCAGCAGUACCUGGACUACAUGGUCCUGGACCCGCCCCGGGCCUCGGCCCACAUGCAGGCGCCGCGGCUGGACCCGUCCACCGGCCAGCAGCUGGAAGGGAACGCUCCCUCCAGGCAGGAGCAAAGCAAGUACCAGGAGCAGGAGGAGCGCUCCCUCAACUCUCUGGACCCUCCGGGCUUCCCGCUCCUCGCCGCCCCCCCUCGGUCCCGGGGAGACCCUCUGGAACGAGACCGGCAGCUUCUCCAGGACCUGGUGUCCUUUUACCUCACCUCCUCCUCCUCCUCCUCCUCCUCUUCCUCCCCUGUUCAGUCCCUCUCCCGCCACAGGGGGGCGGUAGCAGCAGCUGCAGGAUUCCCCUCUUCGCUGUCCUCUUCUUCUUCUUCUUCCUCCUCUUCCUCCUUCUUCCCUGAGCUCGACUUCCCGCUGGACUACAGCGAGGACUACGUUUCCCAGGUGGCUCAGCUCAGCAAGCAGCAGCAGGAGGAGAAGAAGGAGCAGGAGGAGUACGACGCCGUGUCCGGACUGGAUGAGCGCUCUGUGCACAGGCUGGCUCAGCUGCUCCGUCACUACGGCCUCGACCUGAAGGACUUGACCCCGGAGCAGAGAGACGACCUGCCGGUCGCCCUGAAGCAGCUGGGCGGCUCCUCCACCCGGCCGCAGGUCAAAGAUAAGUACGAGAACAAUGCCGCCACAAGAAAGAAGGUCACAGAGGGUUCAAUGGCGUUCAAGAUGGCCGCCCCCGAGGCUCCGCCCUCCACCAAUAAGCCCCCCGAACCAGAAGGUCCGCCCCCCCCUGCGGCCGCCGACCGGGACGAACCGAAGCCGGCAAAGGAGUUUGGCUUCAUCGUCACCAAUCAGAGCGCCGCCCGACCCUCGAUGACCUUCAGGGUCCGACCGAACACCAAGAACCUGCCGGCUGCAGGCGGGGGGGCGAAGGCCGGUACGCCGCUCAGAAGACCAGCUGCUUCAAGAACAAGAGUUCUCCCCUCACGCUCUGUGUGUUGUGUUGCAGAGAAGAACGACCCGGAGUCUGAGACGGGCCUGAGGGUUCUGCAGAGCGGCGGCGGAGAGAGGACCGAUGGGGAGGCGCUGCCUCUGGCCACGCGGGUCCAGCCCAGAAGUUCCCGCUGGCUGUUCGCCGCCCUGGUGGCCACGGCCUGCAUGGGCAGCGUGCUGGUGGGCGCCAUGACCGUGGUCUGCCUGCGCCGCCACGCCCACCGGCUGGCGAAGAGGAAGCUGGGCCUGGGCCCCGAGGGCGGCAGCUUCACCCACCAGGAGUACCAGGACCUGUGCCGGCAGCACAUGGCCUCCAAGGGCGCCUUCGGGCGGCUGGAGGCCGCUGCCCUCGGCGCCGUGGGAGGAGCCGGCGGAGGAGGAGGAGGUGCCGACUCCAGGGUCAGCAGCGUGUCGUCCCAGUUCAGCGACGGAGCCCAGCCCAGUCCGAGCUCCCACAGCAGCACGCCGUCCUGGUGCGAGGAGCCGGCGCAGGCCAACAUGGACAUCUCCACGGGUCACAUGAUACUGGCCUACAUGGAGGACCACCUGAGGAACAAGGACCGGCUGAUGAAGGAGUGGGUGGCGCUGUGCUCCUACCAGGCCGAGCCCAGCGCCGUGUCUCAGAGCGACGCCAACGCCAAGAAGAACCGCUGCCCCGCCGCCGUGCCCUACGACCACUCGAGGGUGAAGCUGAAGGCCGAGGUCAACGCGUCCCGCUCCGACUACAUCAACGCCAGCACCAUCAUUGAGCACGACCCCCGGAUGCCGGUCUACAUCGCCACCCAGGGCCCGCUGUCCCACACCAUCUCUGACUUCUGGCAGAUGGUGUGGGAGAACGGCUGCACGGUGAUCGUGAUGAUGACGGCGCUGGUGGAGGACGGGGAGAAGCAGUGCGCCCGCUACUGGCCGGACGAGGGCGCGUCCCUCUACCACAUCUACGAGGUGAACCUGGUGUCGGAGCACAUCUGGUGCAACGACUUCCUGGUGCGCAGCUUCUACCUGAAGAACGUGCAGACGCAGGAGACCCGCACGCUCACGCAGUUCCACUUCCUCAGCUGGCCGGCGCAGGGCAUCCCCACCGCCACACGCCCGCUGCUGGACUUCCGCAGGAAGGUGAAUAAGUGCUACAGAGGACGGUCCUGCCCCAUCAUCGUGCACUGCAGCAACGGCACAGGUCGGACCGGAACCUACAUCCUGAUCGACAUGGUCCUGAACCGCAUGGCCAAAGGUGUGAAAGAGAUCGACAUCGCUGCUACGCUCGAGCACGUCCGAGACCAGAGGCCCGGGAUGGUCCGCACCAAGGACCAGUUUGAGUUUGCCUUGACGGCCGUCGCCGAGGAGGUCAACGCCAUCCUCAAAGCGCUGCCCCAGUGAGACCCGCUGCCCCUCGGACGCCCCGCUGACCUUUGACUCUGAAGAAGCUCGGCUCGUUAAAAUCUUACGAUGGGACGACGCAUUAGAAGGCUUUAUUCGGGCUUGUGUCGGAUGUUUACAUGUUUUGUGGGACAGAUGAUGCAUUCAGGGACGCUAAGAAGUGUUGCAUUCACAUAAUUGAUUAAAAUUGUUUUAAAAACAAACAACUCUAGAGUUCAGGUCUAUAUCUCAACUGUCUCAUGAAUAAACACUUUAUUUACCAGCUGACCUCGAGGCGUCAUGCCUCUAGAAGUUACGCAGUCCCUGAAUGCAUCAGCCUGAACCUCUCAGCAUCUAAACCGCCGCGCGGCCGAAGCGUGUUUAGUCUUUCCUGUUUGUGGGAGCUGCUCGUCUGUAGCCUCCUCCUCGUGACGGGCACCAUCUCUCCGUGUGCCGUCCCCAGCCUGUCAGAUGUGUUGUUUUUCCCUCAUGCAAAGUCAGAAAAAAACCUUUAAAAAAAUGCUAUUUUGUAUUUGUGAGAUUAUUAAAUAUUUUCGUGUGUAAGCGCUGCAA